AUGGUGAGAAUCUCGCCAUCGCCCACGUUCUUGGACUGGGCACACCAAACACCCAGCAACAAGUCUAUUCGAAAGAGUAUAUCUUCUUCCUCCCUCUCAUCCGGUGCAAAGUCAGGUCGAUCUUCGGCGCAAUGGGACACGGAGACUUCUUUCGUCCGCGGCGGCAGCUAUACGCUGCAGGACACCGCGGCGCUCGACACGAUCGAGUCGCUUUUGCUGCAAUACGGCACUGCGUCUCACAUGGGUGCAAGGGACUGGAGCUACUCGUUUUACAUCAACGGCAGUCAAACAGGUGCCCUCAUCUACAAAGUACUGGAUAAAGUGGCCAUGAUCUCGGGAGAUCCACUGUGUCCGCCGGAUCAAUACCUCAGCUUUAUCCGAGAGUUUCAAGCACAUUGCAAGAAGCAACACCUAGGCGUCGCCAUGGUCGCGGCCAGCGACAACAUGAGCAAGAUCGCUCACCAGCACAAGUGGAUGUCCAUACACUUUGGCACCGAGAAAGUUCUGAAUCCCUGCACCAACCCAAUGCUUCUCGGACGCAGCGGAAAUAGGACUGUGGCAAAAUGCAGGCAGCUGGUGAAACAAGGGACAACCGUGGACAUAUACUGUCCCGCUGAACAGUACGACGCAGCCAUUGAGAAAGAGCUAGUGCGAAUCUACAAAGACUGGCGUGCAGCGCGGAACGCAGAGAGCGGGGCGACGAACGCGUUCAUGACUGUAUACGACAUCUUAUCACUGCCUCGUCUGAUGGCGUUUGUCUACUCGAAAGACGCCAGCGGCAAUAUCAACGGCUUCGCAGCUCUGCGCAAGCUCGGGCAAGGCUACCACGUGGAUCCGUUCAUAGCAGCAGCCGACGCACCGAAAGGCACCUCCGAUCUCCUGUUGUACGCAACCAUGGCGCUGGCCAAAGAGACGGGGAUCACAAAACUGAGUCUCGGGUUCGAAGUCGUUCCAGAGCUAGAGGACAUGGAGCGAGUACCCAAAGUCUUGCACGGCGUCAUCAAGAAAACGCAUCGUCGAAUCUUUGGACAACUGCAUUUAGGAGGCAAGAAGACCUUCUUCGACCGUUUCCAUCCCGAUGAGCAGCAGGAUGCUGGACUGUGGAUUCUGUAUCCACAACGACCCAGCUUGAAGCAUAUGCUUGCGACGAUGCACUUUGCAAAUAUUCGGGUGCGGACUGUGAUAAGUUAG